UGACGUCACUUCCGCAGGGUUAAACCGGGGAAAGUUGUUUCCUGAACACUUGCAGUUGUGGAUGUUUCUUCUCGGUUUAUGCAUUCGGGGCUGAACUCUUCAGCAUGACCGUGCAGCAGGACUAAAUUCAUGUAGACAGAUAAUAAUGCCGAAACGGACAGGAAGUGUCGUGUUUAAAGAAUUUUAGAGUAUGGAGGUGACGAGCAAAGAGGACAGCGAGUCUGCUGCAUUGGCCGAAGAUGAAAUGAAUAUACAGUUCCAGCUGCUCGAGUGCCGAGCGCAGUUGGAGCACUGGCAGGGAGUGGCGAAGAUCUGUGAGAUGAGCAAACAGGAGGAGCUACAGGACCUGCAGAGACAGUGUGACCAGGAGAUACAGUCACUGCAUGAAGCCCUGAGAGAAACAGCCUCUCAGUAUGAAGCAAGAAUAUCUGCCCUGCAAUCAGAACGUGCUCAGUGGAGGAGAGCAGGGUUCAGUCCAGAAAACAGGGACAGCAUAAAGAAAGGAAGGCUAGAGAGGACCUCUCCACCUAGUGAGAGGCUGAAGAAUGAGUCCUCUGAGGGUGUGGCGGGAGACGGCGGGGCUCAGGAGCUGCUGACCGAGCCCUCUGACGACGAGAGGACAGGGCUCCAUAUGGAGGGAUUCUACAUACAGCAAAGUGACUCCUCCUCUCUGUCCUGCUUCUCUCUGGAUACCCCGUCCCUGCCGCGGCGCACACCCCCUCAGGAUGACACUGCUUCCCUGGUUUCUACGGGAACGCUGGUGCCUGAAGCUAUCUACCUGCCCCCACCAGGACACCAGCUGGUCACACAUGCAGACUGGGAUGGACUCCAAGCACAAGUGGUAGAACUUCAGGAGGAGUUGUCCCAAUUGAGAGAACAGAAGGCACAACUUGAGAAGGAGCUGGAUACUCAGACGACAGAAACCCAGAAACAGGUGGCAGUGCUCCAGUCCCAGGUGCAGACUUCGGAGACUCUCCUCCAAGACCUGCAGAAAUCUUUCAGCCAAUCACAGACCGCUGUACAGAGCAGAUUGAAAGAGCUGUCUCUGUCUCAGAGGAGAGUAUGUAGUGAGUUGUCCAGGUUAAAAGGGGGAGAGGUGGAAGAGAGCACAGCCGGAGAUGAACACGCAGAGCUGUUUACUCUACAGGGAGCACACACGGAAGAGAGGCUGCGUAUUGAAAUUGUGAACUUGAGGGAACAGCUGGAGAUGCGAACGGAAGAGAGCGAGGUCCUGGAGGUCCAGCUGUCCAGCCUUAAAACAGAGACCGACCGCAUCCAAAGCGAAAAAGAAAAGGUGGAGGGCGAGCUGCAGGAAAGUCUCGCUGAGCUUCAAGGCCUCCGGGUGGCACUGUCGCAUCUCCAGAGAGAUAGCAAGACCCAGGCCCAUGAGAAGAAAGUGCUGCAUGAUCAGUGUUUAGAGCUGCGCAGUCAGGUGAUCAGUCUGCGUAGUCAGCUGGACACCAGCCAGGCUGUGCAGAAGGACUUUGUGCAGCUCUCCCAGUCACUACAGGUGAAGAUGGAGCAGAUUCGUCAGGCAGAAUCUCUGGACCAAGUCAAGCACAUCCUUGGAGAACAACUUGAAAGUGAAAGUGACCAGCUCAGCAGUGCCACGUGAGCCAGUAGGACAUUCUCACCCUUUCUCUGGACCAAAGUGAAAAGGACCACUUUAUGGCCACCGAAAUGAACCAGGAUCAAACUCCGAUUCUAGCAAAUUAAGAGUGUAGCAAACUACCAGUUAUUAUGAACUGUGGAAAAUUUAGGAGACCAGCUUAUUUGACACUUUCAGUGGAUGUUGUUCUCUCACAUGACUUACUAACUGAAACAUUUUACAAUACAAGUUGAAGCUCAGUGAGUUAGUUAACAGAUGAUGAAGUGAACAAGUCUUUGACACUGUGUCCACUAAUCAGACAUCAACUCGCUUAUAGUAACUGUAUAUUAAAGUGGAUGGUGAGUACCACUUAUCCAUGAUAACUCCUUCUAAAUUUUACAUACACUCCUUUUAAAAAAGAAGUAUAUAUGUAUAUACAGUACUGUGCAGUAGUCUUGGGUACAUGCAAUGAAAUGCUAUAGAGCAAAGAUGACUUCAAAAAUAAUGAAAUUUAAAUGUUUCUACAUAAAAUAAAUAAAUAAAUAAAUCUACUAGGAGCAGUAAACAGUAAUAAACAAAACAAAGGCAAUAUUUGGUGUGACGACCCUUUGCUUUAAAACAAAUAAUAUCUGGAGUCUCGGGUACAAUAAGUGCAGUUUUAUAAGGAAAUGAGCUGUAAGUUUUAUUGAGUGUCUUGCAGAACCAGUCACGGUUUUUCUGGAGAUUUUAACUGUCACACUCGCUUCUUAUUUUUGCAGCAAACCCCAGCAGCCUUCAUAAUAUCUUUUUUGUCCGAAAAGUGGUCUCUUACGUAAUACGCUGCUUUCUUUACUGACAUGCAAACAUUUUUCUGUAACAGUAAAUUUUGUCCUGGAAAACUAAUAUUUGGAAAUCUAAAAUGUUUUUGUACUAACUCGAUAAUGUAGAAGUCAUAAAAUAAAAAUCUGUAACAAAGUUUGUACUAAAAAUUUAGGGUGCCUAAGACUUUUGCACAGUACUGUAUGUAUGUGUAUGUAUAUACACCGUACUGUGCAAAAGUUUUAGGCACAUGCAAAGUAAUGCUGUAGAGCAAAGAUGCCUUCAAAAUACUGAAAUUAAAUGUUUCUACAUUAAAUAUAAAAUACUGUAAACAGUAGUAAAUGAAACACAGUCAAUAUUUGGUGUGACCAAAAAAUAAACGUAGUAGUCUCCUCCUUUUGCACAGUACUGUAUGUAUGUAUUCAUGUAUGAUAUAUAUUCCUCAUUUCCAUGUCUGUCACCAGCCAAAUGAUCAGAAACGUUUAAAUCUUCCUAAAAGUGGCAAUUUGUUUGAUUCUGCAAAAAAGAGCAAUGAUGCAAUAAGCAGAUUUCAUAAGCGGAACUGUAUUGAAGUCAUGUCAGUAAUGGUGCACAAGAUUCCAACAUAUUCAAAUGUCAAUUUGACCUGUAAUUAUGCAAUAGAAAAUAGACAAUGGCAUGUCAACUUAUCCUACAAUACAGUAAGUUUUAUGGCUGUGUGCUGUAGGGGAAAGAGUAAAUCUGACACAACUUUGUGUUGUACAAUGUGUAAGACUGCCCAAAGUAAGACAUCGAUGACCUCCUCAGGUAUAUGUUAUUGCAGGCAACAAAUAAUAUCUUUAUAUAUGAACUUUCCUAGACUGUGACCCUGUUUUAUCUUACGACUCCAUGUAAACACUAGGCUUAAUCUGGGUCCAAGACACCAGUCUUAUGAGUGCAUUGAUCAUGCGCUCAGUACCAUGAUAAUAUUUAUCAUGUUGUGUGCCAUUAUUGGCUUUGUACAUCAUACAACUGUAAAUUAACAUUUGGCUUCACAGCGAGCAUUUUCUGUUUAGUUUUGUGUUCCACUUGGACAUGUUUUAUUAAAAACCAUUGUUUUGCCCAAAAGAGGAA